CAAGUGGAGUAAAUAAGGUGCAGAUUGAGACCCACCCAAAAGGUUGUGCAAAACAGCUAAAAUUUUUAACGGCAAUUUGCAGUGACUUGUAGUCGUAGGAGGCGUGAAUGUUCUGCAACGAACUAUAAUUUUAAAAACAAGGCCACCAAGCAGACGGCGAAAGAGGGAGGGUGGUGGAAAGGCACCCUUUUCUGAGUUGUUCCCGCCAUUAAAAUAAUGCCCUCCCAACGCCCUUUCCAAUUUAAAAAUUUUCUGAAAAAGGGUCUUCCAUGCACUCGGCGGCCAUGGCCAAAUCAUGGCCCCAAUCCCCUUUUGAUCCUUUUCCUUUUAUUACGAGAUUGAAGGGUCCCUUGUUUCUCUGUUCCGGUCGAACAGCACCAUCCGGUCCAUGCAUCAGCAGAGCAAUUCCCCCUUCCAUCCCUGCUGCUUCUGUGACGUGAUCUUUCAGGUUCUCGAUUGCUCUGCCUCUAUGGUUUCGCCAGCCGUUGCUCGGCGCGCUACGAUGUAUGGAGAACAUGUGGUUAGUGAUGGCAGAGUUGCUUUGGUCGGUCACUAAUCAACCAUUGGUCAACAACUUGUUGCUGAAUCAUGCCUCAGCUGGCCCAUAUAUGUGAAGCCUGUGCUUAUCCAACAGAAACACAGAGCUUUCCAUGUCCAGAAAGCCUAGUCCAACUAAGGCCCGGGUUGUGAAGUGAGAGCAGUAAAUGGGGGCCAUACUACAUUUUUUUGACCUUAAUCAAACUGGCAAAUCAGGGAAGCAAUUGAUGCAUGCAAGACAUUUCGAAGGGCCGGAAGCUCCAAGAAACAGCUUAGAGCUCCCAUUGGAUGCAUCCCAGAGCUUAUUUUCUAAGGAUGAAAGUAUACCGUAUUCUUACCAAGUGAAGCACCCGUCUACAAAAAAUGAGCUUUGUCAAAGUGGAACCCCCAUGAAGCUAUUGAUAGACAGGGAGAUAUCAAAGGAACCUGAGAUCAAACAAUGUGUACCCAGUGUUGUAGCUCGUUUAAUGGGUCUAGACAAGUUCCCAACAGAUUCAAAAUUACCUACAUAUGAACCAAACUAUGGUUUGGGUUCAGGAAAAGCAACAGUAACUAAGGAACUAACGGUUCCAAGGGAAAUUAACCACAGAAAACGGGAUGCACUUUUUAGCAGAAAGAAACAAAAGUCGCAUGAUUCUGGAACCAGCUCAAAGUUGUCAAAAUCUCUAGUUGGUGAUCAUCCCCAAGAGCAGGAAUUACAAAAUUUCAAAAAGGAAUUUGAAGCAUGGCAAGCAUCCAAAGUCUGGGAAAGCUCAAGAGGUUGUGGGUUUGACCUUAGAAAUGGAUUUUGGUAUGAUCAACGAGCUAUUGCACAAGAAAGUCUGAACAAGGAAAAGUUGGCUCGAUAUACAGAUGCUAAAAGAAAUAGAACUUAUGAAAAGCCUCCAGAAAUAGGCUACUAUACUCCAAGCAGAUUGGAGACCAGCGUGCAGCCAGAGACAGACUUUCAAGGCAAUAAAAGUAGCUUAUACCAAGGAAACCAAUUGGAGACGUUCUCCAUGUGGAAUGGUAAUAGAAGCAUUAAGUAUGAUCGAACUCAUUCUGUGGAAUAUGAGGAACAGCAAACUAGCGCAUUACCUACAAAAAUAGUCAUACUAAAGCCUGGACCUGAAAGGUUUGACGACUGUGAUGAGUCCAAAUCUCUUUCGGAAAGUGCCAUAGAAGAAGAAGAAGAAGAAGGAAGCAUUGAGGAUUUUCUCAAAGAGGUCAAGGAAAGGCUUAUACUUGGAAUGAGGGGCAAUUCUGUAAAACAUAUCAAGCAACAAAACAAUGAGAUCAGUUCCUUCUGUGGUAGGCCAACUAAUCCAAAGGAAAUUGCUCAGAAAAUAGCAAAGCAAGUAAGAGAAAGUGUUACAAGAGAUAUGAGCUUACUUAGGUCAGAAUCUAUGAGGUCACAGAACAGUGAUUUUCAGGUUGGUACACCAGGUUCCCCUGAACUUAUUAACAGAGAUGCACGAAAGUUCCUAUCUGAAAGACUGAGGAAUGUGCUAAAUGGUGACACAGACAUAAACAUGCAUAAGAUGGCUAAGGAGGGGCCAAGGACUUCCAUCUUCCAGGAAGGGCCACUACCAAUAGGUCCAGACUUUUCAGAGGCAACAAAGAAUGUCGGUCAUCUGAACCGCAUGCAAGACAUGGCUGGACUGAAGGCUAGAUCCUUCAGACAUGACUUGAAGAAUGAAAUAAAAUUCAACCACGAUGACUUAUCACCAAGGAACCUAAUCCGAUCUAUGUCAGCUCCAGUAUCAGGAGCAGCAUUUGGCAAGCUUCUCUUGGAGGAUCAGCCGAUUCUGACGGGGGCCCAUAUCAGAAGGAAGCAAGAAAUGGUUGAUAAUGUUUCCACAGAACUAAGAAAGAAGAAGAAAAGUAGAUUCAACUUCAAAGGAACAGUGUCAAGCUUGAGAUAUAGUUUGACUCUCAGAGGAAAGCUUUUUAGCAAGAGGAUACAAUCAGUGGAGAGAGGAGUAGAUGAAUUUGGCUUAACCAAAACUGCUCUGACCUUGACCAUCCCAUCACUUAACAGAAAUCUGAACGUGCAGGAAAACUCAACCGAGGUACCACCAAGCCCUGCUUCUGCAUGCAGUGAUGGCCAAGAGGGACUCUUCAGUGGCCUGACGAAUCAUACAAGCCCAGUUUCAACUCUUGAUGUGCCUUUCAGUGAAGAUCUUUCCGUGUCCGAUGCCUUCCAAGAGAUCAGUUCUAACCUCCAAGACUUGAAGCAGCAGAUAGACCAGCUUGGCGUUAACGAGACUGAUGUGGCAUCACAAGAUGGUAGGGAGGAAGAUAUUAUUCAGCUAGAAGCAGAAGAGGAGUUAGAAGGAGGACCAGAAGUUUAUCUGAGAGAUGUACUUGGUGCUGCAGGUAUUUUUGAGGGUUUGGAUGGGAUUGUAUCAAUGUGGGAUUCCAAUUCUGCCCCUAUUAGGAGGUGGGUUUUUGAGGACGUUGAAGAAGCUUACAGGAAAAAAGGCAAGCAACGUCAGGGUUCCAUCCAGGAUCCAAGCAAUAGCAGUUUGGAGCGUAAGCUUCUCUUUGAUUUAUUGAAUGAAGCUCUAGAAUCUAAACUAAGCUUGUUGGGGUCAGACGUUACUUUAAGUAAAAGCCUUGUGGGAUCAACAAUGAUGCUUCCAAGCAGCAAGCAGUUAAUUGAUGAUGUCUGUGCUACUGUGAACAUGUCUACUCACCCAUCAUUCAUGGGAAAUGAAACAAUACAAGGUAUUACUAUUAAGGACUUUGAGACAACUCUAUGGAUGAGAAUGAUGCAAGGUGAUGUUCACUCGAUGGGAAGGGACAUGGAGAAAAUUAUCCUGAAUGAGUUAGUUGAAGAGGCUGUAAUUGAGUUCUGCUGUUAAUCAUGCAUGGUAUUGGGGAUGCUACCCCCCACCCCAUGAGAUCAUAAAUUGCGUUGGGGAGGAAGAGAGAGAGAGAGUCCUAUAAGUUUGAUUGUUUAAUCAAUUGUUUCCGGUGAUUAAUGAAUGUUGUAAUUUUUUAUCAAAUGUUAAUAAAUAAAUGCAAUUUAACUGAA